AUGUCCUCCCCAAAAUCGACCAGCGCUGAGGAAGGGACCGCUUCCAGCAAAACGCCCCCGAUCGUGACGUCCCUCCAGGACUUAACCAUAAUCGAAGCAUGGGACUCAGAGAGAAACACGUCCAAAUACAUAACUUUUUACGUGGUUACCCCAGAUGAAGAAGUCUACUUCGGCCAGUCGCCGAAGAAGAAGAAGGACAUGACUCUUGCGGAGUACAGUGCAGCGCUACAGCGGGUCGAUGACGAUGAGAUCUACCCAGUGUGUCCCGGGGACACUGAUUUGACGAUUGCACCAGAUAACAUCAACAGCCCUUGCGUCUAUAUCAAGCGGCCCGGCCUAAACAAUUACGAGACACUGAAGGAGUCCAACCUCAUCCCCAAGGCCCUUCUGGACGAGACCGUCAUCAUGGAGCAGAUUUCCAAGUCACCUCACCCGAACAUCAUCAAAUACCACGGCUGCCGCGUGAGACGCGGACGGAUCACAGCGAUACUCCUAGAAAAACUCGACUCAACUCUGAAGCAAUAUGCCUCGACACCCGAUUUUCAACGCCUCGAUAAGGCCAGUUUUUUCGAGGCUCUCAAGUCGGCUGUCGACUUUCUCCACUCCCUGGGUUUAGCCCACAACGAUAUCAACCCGGACAACAUCAUGGUCAAGGAUGGGACGGCCGUGCUUAUAGAUUUCGGUUCUUGCCAGCCCUUUGGGAAGCGCUUACAGUCACUCGGCACGGCGGGAUGGUACGAGGAGCUGUUCUUCACUUCCGAGAAGAAGCAUGACGACUAUUCUCUUGGAAAGCUACAGCAGUGGCUUCAGAAUCCAGAAUGUGUCGCUGUCGGCGCCUUGACCUCCUAA